GGCCGCCCAGCGCCGCCCGGCAGGGGCCGCGGGGGACCCGAGAGCUCGAGGGGUCCCGGGACGCGCGCGCGGGCUCGCAGCCGGUCACCCACCAUGCGCCCCGCCGAGGCGCCCCGGCCACCCAUCUGGCUGGCGCUCCUGCUGGUGCUCGUGGCAGCCGCGCCCGUGGCGAGCAAGGGCUGUGUCUGCAAAGACAAAGGCCAGUGCUUCUGUGAUGGGACCAAAGGAGAGAAGGGAGAGAAAGGCUUUCCUGGACGCCCUGGUUUUCCUGGACAGAAAGGAUUCCCAGGCCCUGAAGGUUUGCCAGGACCCCAGGGACCCAAGGGCUCUCCAGGACUUCCAGGACCUGCUGGUCCCAAAGGCGUCAGGGGAAAAAGUGGAUUACCAGGAUAUUCAGGCCCACCUGGACUUCCAGGCAUUCCUGGCAACACAGGGCCAUACGGACUUCCUGGUUUACUAGGAUGCAAUGGUUCCAAGGGAGACCAAGGAUUCCCUGGCAUCCCUGGAACACCAGGCUACCCAGGGAUCCAGGGUGCUUCUGGUUUGAAAGGACAAAAGGGUGCUCCUGCUCAAAGAGAAGAUAGAGAAAUCAAUGGAAAAGGAGAUAUGGGGCUGCCUGGAGCUCCAGGAUUCCAGGGUUUGCCAGGCCCUCCUGGCUUUCCUGGCCCUCCUGGCCCACCUGGGCCUCCCGGAAUCUUUGGUUUUCCAGGAGCUAUGGGACCUAGAGGACCUAAGGGUCAUAUGGGCGAUAAUGUGGUUGGACAGAAAGGAGAGCGGGGUAUAAAAGGAUUAACAGGACCCCCUGGGCUACCAGGAACAGUUAUUGUGACACUCACCGGUCCAGAAAACAGAACGGACCUCAAGGGGGAGAAAGGAGACAAGGGAGCCAUGGGUAAACCCGGCCCUCCUGGACUUCCAGGCCUGCCUGGAGAAUCUUGGGGAUCUGAAAAGGGUGCUCCCGGAGAACCUGGAGCUCAGGGAAAACCUGGGAAAGAUGGUGCCCCUGGCUUCCCUGGCACUGAGGGAGCCAAGGGCCACAGAGGUUUCCCUGGGUUAAGGGGUGAAGUUGGAUUUAAGGGAUGGAAAGGGGACCCUGGCCCUCCAGGAUUUCGUGGCCCAACAGUAUAUUAUGACACUUACUGGGAAAAGGGAGAUGCAGGAAUUCCAGGACCGCCCGGACCCAAAGGAGUUCGUGGCCCACCAGGUCCUAGUGGUCCCCCUGGAGUUCCUGGAAUUCCUGGAUCAUCAAAGCCUGGUCCCAUUGGAGCCCCUGGAUGGCCAGGCUUGAAAGGAAGUAAAGGGAUGCGAGGACCCCCAGGAAAGGACACAGUGGGGCUUCCCGGGUCUCCAGGCUGUCCUGGAGCACCAGGGCCUCCGGGGGCACCCGGUCCACCAGGACCUCCAGGUGGUAUCGUCUUUCGCAAGGGUCCACCUGGUGACCGUGGGCCUCCAGGUCAUCCAGGGCCCCCAGGAAUCCCAGGAGUCGAUGGUCCCAAAGGAGAGCCAGGGCUUCUUUGUACGCAGUGUUCUUAUAUCCCAGGGCCCCCUGGUCUUCCAGGAUUGCCAGGGUUUGAUGGUCUCAAAGGAAUCCCAGGAGGACAAGGUCCAGCUGGUGCUAAAGGAAGCCCAGGGUCUCCAGGGACUGCAGGUCUUCCCGGAUUUCCGGGAUUUCCAGGUGGUCAGGGAGCUCCAGGACUUAAAGGAGAAAAAGGUGAAACACCUCAGCCCCAGGGGCAAAUGGGAGCCCCUGGGGAGCCUGGGCCCAGAGGAUCACCGGGAAGAAAGGGCUUGGAUGGAAUUCCCGGAUCCCCAGGAUUAAAAGGAUCACCAGGACCUAAGGGUGAACCGGCCCUGAGUGGAGUGAAGGGGGACCACGGUCCUCCAGGAGAUCCUGGCUUCCCUGGGCCCCCAGGACCUGAAGGACCAGCCGGACCACCCGGAUGUGGGCCCCCUGGAGAGCCAGGUCCAAAGGGCACCCAAGGAGUUCCUGGAGCCCCAGGACUGCCUGGAGAAGCCGGUCCUAAAGGAGAACCCAGUGUUUCACUUCCGGUCCCCGGCCCUCCAGGACCUCCAGGGCCCCCUGGCCGAGUGGGCCCCCAAGGGCCUCCUGGUCUCCCUGGCUCCAUAGGAAGAUGUGAUCCUGGUCUCCCUGGACAGGAAGGGGAACCAGGAAUCCCAGGAGCUGGACUUCCUGGACCUCCAGGACCAAAGGGAGAUCGAGGCUUUCCAGGAGCUAAAGGAUCACCUGGUUAUCCUGGAAAAAUGGGAGAACCUGGGUUUCCUGGAGAUCCAGGCUUCCCCGGAGCCAAGGGGGAACCAGCGCUAGCCAGGCCCGGAGAACCAGGAAAACCAGGUUUUCCAGGAGAAAGAGGCAAUUCUGGGGAAAAUGGAGAAAUUGGACUCCCUGGACUUCCAGGCCUCCCUGGACUUCCAGGAAAAGAAGGGCUUGAUGGACCUCGAGGAGAUCCAGGGCAGGCCGGGCCACCUGGAGGAAAGGGACCUCCAGGAAAGUGCAUAGAGGGACCCAGGGGGGUCCCAGGCCUUCCAGGCUUAAAUGGACUGAAAGGACAGCCAGGUCAAAGAGGUGAACCAGGACCAAAGGGAGACCCAGGCGUUCCAGGCUUGGAUAGGUCAGAAGUCCCAGGAGAACCCGGACCACCUGGAAUGCCGGGUCACCAGGGUGAGAUAGGGCCACCGGGUCAGAAGGGACGUCCGGGCACUCCAGGACUUUCAGGGCCACCAGGCGAAAGAGGAAUGGUUGGAAUGAUGGGCUAUCCUGGGACCGUUGGCCCUCAGGGGCCUCCUGGGGAACCAGGCUCACAGGGGCCAAAGGGCAGCCUUGGAAUUCCAGGAAGGAAAGGCACAAGAGGACCCCCAGGAGCCAAAGGGGAACAAGGAGAUAAAGGGAUCCCUGGGCCCUCUGGCAUAGCCCACUUAAAGGGGGACAAAGGCGAACCAGGACUCAAAGGAUUUACAGGAAAUCCAGGUGAGAAAGGAGACAGAGGCACUCCAGGGUUGCCAGGCUUAGAGGGCCUCGAAGGACCCCCUGGACCACCAGGACCACCAGGCCCUAGAGGAGAUCUGGGGAGAACUGGAAGUCCUGGAGAAGCAGGGCCACCGGGCAUGGCUGGCGACAUGGGGCACAUGGGUAGACCAGGUUCUAAAGGAAAACAAGGAACCACAGGACUCCCAGGUCUAGCAGGGAGACCAGGCCUUCCCGGUGUUCCAGGACUCCAAGGAGAAAAGGGGGAGCCAGGCUACUCAGAAGGUGCAAGGCCAGGCCCGCCAGGACCUCAGGGGGAUCCUGGACCGCCAGGUGACAUGGGAAAGAAAGGAGAGAGAGGGGCACCUGGCCCACCUGGACAGUCGGGGCCUGCGGGACCUGAGGGAGCCCCAGGGAGUCCUGGAACUCCUGGCCACCCAGGAAAGCGAGGUCCUGAUGGUGAAUUGGGGAACAAAGGAAUCAAAGGCUUCCGGGGUCCUCCAGGAAUCAAAGGCCCUCCAGGCCUUCUGGGAUUGCCAGGACCUCCUGGAACAAUGGGUAUGAGAGGUGACCAAGGCCGCGAUGGAAUUCCUGGUCCACCUGGGGAAAAGGGAGACACAGGCUUGUUGGGGGCCCAUCCAGGCCCAAGAGGGAAUCCUGGUGUCCAGGGUGCCAAAGGAAACAAGGGGGCCCCCGGCUGGCCCGGCCUCCCAGGCAGGAAGGGGACCAUGGGAGAUAUCGGGCCACAAGGACCCCCAGGCAUCAUGGGACUCCAUGGGCUACCAGGUCUUCCUGGGGCAAUUAUCCUUGGCCAAAAAGGAAAUCGAGGGCCCCCAGGAUCAAGAGGAAAUCCAGGUGAGCCAGGUCCCCCUGGACCUCCCGGAAGUCAUGUCAAGGGCAUCAAAGGUGACAAAGGAUUUAUGGGCCAGCCUGGCCCCAGAGGUCUGCCUGGAACUGUAGGAGAUGUGGGGCCGCCUGGUCAUCCGGGAGCACCAGGUGACCCAGGCCUCCCAGGGCCCAGAGGCGAUCCUGGAUUCCACGGGUUUCCAGGCAUGAGAGGUGAGAAGGGCAAUCUGGGAUUUCUAGGAUCAAUUGGACCUCCAGGAAAAGUUGGGCUGAAAGGACCACCUGGUGCACGUGGCGAUCCCGGAACAAUUAAGAUCAUCUCCCUUCCGGGCAGCCCAGGGCCUCCUGGUCCACCUGGACCUCCAGGAAUGCAAGGAGAUCCCGGGCUGUUGGGGCCACCAGGAAAACCAGGACCAUGUGGAAUGAAAGGUAUACCUGGCAAAGAUGGAAAACCAGGAAUUCCUGGACCCAUUGGAGAAAAAGGCAGCAAAGGUUCCAAAGGAAAGCAAGGUCCACCUGGAUUCGAUGGAUUGCCAGGUCUGAAGGGAAAACCUGGAGGGCUGGGACCACCAGCAACUGGAACCACAAUGAGAGGCUUUGUCUUCACCCGGCACAGUCAGACAGCGGUGCCUCCUUCGUGUCCAGAAGGAACACAGCCACUCUACAGCGGGUUUUCCCUUCUCUUUGUUCAAGGAAAUGAACGAGCCCAUGGACAAGACCUUGGAACUCUUGGCAGCUGCCUGCAGAGAUUUACCCCAAUGCCGUUCUUAUUCUGUAACAUCAAUAAUAUAUGCAAUUUUGCAUCUCGAAAUGAUUAUUCCUAUUGGCUGUCAACACCAGCUCUGAUGCCAAUGGACAUGGCCCCAAUCACGGGCCGGGCCCUGGAGCCAUAUAUCAGCAGAUGCACUGUCUGUGAAGGUCCUGCGAUGGCCAUAGCUGUUCACAGCCAAACCACCACCAUUCCACCAUGCCCUCAUGGCUGGGUUUCUCUCUGGAAGGGAUUUUCCUUCAUCAUGUUCACAAGCGCGGGCUCUGAGGGUGCCGGACAAGCACUAGCAUCUCCUGGUUCCUGCCUGGAAGAAUUCCGCGCCAGUCCAUUUAUAGAAUGCCAUGGGAGAGGAACAUGCAACUACUAUUCCAAUUCCUACAGUUUCUGGCUGGCUUCAUUAAGCCCAGAAAGAAUGUUCAGAAAACCUACUCCAUCAACUGUGAAAGCUGGGGAAUUAGAAAGAAUAAUAAGCCGCUGUCAGGUUUGCAUGAAGAAAAGACAUUGAAGAGAAGACAAAAAAAAAAAAUAGAAAAGCUCUUUUUUCCACCUCUUCAGUAAGGAAGUAGUCACUGAGAGCAUGCAUCUUUUAGGGAUUUUUUUUUCCUCUAGCCACACAAUGUUCUAUGAAAGCUUAGUAGUACCGAGUUUCAAACUGUUUUCCCACACAAGAAAACCUUUUUUUUUCACAUCAGCUCUGUGUGGCAGGUCUCUAAAUGUGUGGUUUCAAAGUUUCCUGUGGCAAGGAACAGCUUUUUCACAAAUUAUAACUGCAAUCACAUUCCACUGUAUGGAAGCACUAAGAUGUGACUAUAAAGUGUGGUGCUACACGUUUAGAGGUGCUUUUUCUGCUGAAUUCUGUCACAUGCUCUCUUCUCUUCCAGUCUGUCAGACACAGGGAGGCUGAAUUGGCCUUUGCCAGCCUUACUGUUUCUUUCCUGAGACUGUAAACCUCAGGGCGAGGAAGUAGGGGGCUUGUGGAAAACUGGGACAUGGUGACAGAAUGGGCCUUUUAGACCUGUGGAGUAGACUGAGGUCUGAGGAAAACAAAAUGAACUUGGUUCAUGGAUUUCUGAGGAGUCAUUCAAACACCCAGAACUAAGUCCAAAGGGACAUUCCCUGGAUGGAACCACACUAGCUUUGGAUAACUACCAUAUGGGUUGGUUUAAACUGCUUAUAUGGUCUCAUAUAAUUUAGCAUUGUUUAAUACGGUUUUCUAUUUCUUCAAGGCUUAUUCACUAAAUUCAGUGUGUUGUGUCAAAUGGCCUGCCCAAUAUUCAAAGUGGUGAAAAGGUUGCUUGGUGAAUUAAUUUUAAUAGAACAUUGCGAUAAACACGCUAGGAAAUGUACCUAGCUUUAUCUUCACUUUUCCAAUGUUACCUAAGCAUCAAGGAUGACACUUUUGAGAUGUGCACUUUAUCCUCGUUCCUAUAAAUGCUGGUGCAUACCUCGUCUAGCUGGGCGUUAGAGCAAGUCAAUAAUCCAUGAGCAAGAAGAAAGCAUUUGUUGGCUUAUCAGGCUCAGAAGACUUUCUCUUUGCUCUAAAUAUUUCAUGGCUUGGCUUUACAGACUUAUUCCUUGGUUCUUUUUCUAGUACUCUUUUGUUAAAACAAGAAGAAAGAGAGAAAACCAUGUCUUUAUGUUAUAUAUUUUUACAAACUGAAUUAUGUUGAGAGUGACCAUUAUAUAUAAACCUUCAUGGCUAAAUUGCAGCUGUAUGUCUUAAAACUUAAGCUUUUAAGACCUUUUACAUUCCCAAGUUUACCAACAUCUACUUAACAAGCAAGCUAUGUCCCUGGCACUGUGUUCCAUUAAACAGGAGGCAAGGUGUUUCAGAGCUUAUAUCUCAGAAAGGCCAUUUUGUUGCCUCUAUUCAGGACUAGGGGUGUAGCUUAGUGGGAGAAUAUGCCAUUAGCAUGUGGAAGAUCCUAGGUUUGACUUCCUGCACCAAAACCAA